UGAAGGAGUAAAACGUUGACCUUUGCCCUAUUAUGAACUUCCUGUUUGAUAAAACCAGAGACAGAGGACAAACCGGGUCAGAACCAAAGAAAAUCAGGCCAGAAAAGGAGAAGAAGAAGAAGAAAGGAGGAAGAGGAACACUGCCGCAGCAGCAACUGAAGCAGCAACUGAAGAAUGGAGCAGCAGGACAAACACAUUCAGCUGAAUGACGGCAACCGCAUGCCGCUGCUGGGGCUGGGCACAUGGAAGGCCUUCCAGCAGGCGCCCGUCCAGCCCGCUGUGGAGGCCGCCAUCGCCGCCGGUUACCGCCACAUUGACACCGCCUUCAGCUACAGAAACGAGGUGGAGAUUGGCAAAGCGCUGCGCUCCAAGAUGGAGCAGGGCAUCAUCCGGAGGGAGGAUGUGUUCAUCGUCAGUAAGCUGUGGUGCACGCACUUUGACCCCGAGGACAUCCCCGUCUGCCUCAACCGUUCCCUGCAGGACCUGCAGCUGGACUACCUGGACCUGUACCUCAUCCACUUCCCUGUCGGCUUCAAGAAAUCAGGAGACGAUCUGUUUCCAAGGAAGGACGGGAAGAUUGUGACGUCGGAUACGGACUAUGUGGACGUGUGGCGGGGUCUGGAGGCGCUGCAGGCCGCCGGCAGGGUGAAGAGCAUCGGUGUGUCCAACUUUAGCGUCUUGCAGCUGGAGCGCCUGCUGGCCCUCUGCAGGGUUCCUCCUGCUGUCAACCAGGUGGAGCUCCAUCCCUACAUGGUCCAGAAGGACCUGGUUGAGUUCUGCAGGUCCAGAAACAUCGCGCUGACGGCCUACAGCCCCUUUGGUUCCCCUGGAAGACCCUCAGAACUGAAGAGAGGCGAAGCCGACCCCCACAAGCUCCUGCAGGACCCUGUGGUCGCCGACAUCGCAGGGAAGCACCACCGCAGCCCGGCACAGGUUCUGCUGAGGUUUCAUGUGCAGCAGAGAAUCCCAGUCAUUCCUAAAAGUGACAAACCUCAUCACAUCCUGGAGAACACCAAGGUAGGACCCAACAGAACCAGUCCAGAACCGUUUCCUCAGAUCGUCCCAGAGCGCUCCCGCCUCGGCCCAAAGCUUCCUGCCAGAGAUUCAUUCUGGUGCCAAGAGCGACGGCAUGGAACCGGAGGCAGAGACCCGUCGUUAGGCGGGCUGACCUGUCUUAGAUUUUCCCCGACUCGGCUUCGCCGGGCGAGGCUCUCUGGUUCCUCUGGGAAAACGGACCCGGUUCUUCCAGAACUCCCUGUGGUUCUGACCCAGCGUGAACCUCGCAGGUCUUCGACUUCGACCUCGGCGAAGACGACAUGGACGCCCUGAGAGGCCUGGACCGCGGCUGGAAGGCCUGCGCUCUGGACGAAAUCAAGUCCCACCCCUACUACCCGUUCGAGUGACGGAGGGGGCGGAGCCAGCCGGACUGCCUGAAGAAGACGAAGAACGACGUGACCCGAUCUGAAACGAAAACCCGGUUCUGAUGAACCGUCGACCCGGCACGUCGUCAUGUCUGCUUUCGGUUUCAAUCCGGCGGCCAUCUUUGGAUUUGCUGUUGAUUUUCUCACAUACCCUCCCACUAAAGCUAAAGAUCUAGAACGGUCUAGAACCCGCCUGGUACCGUGGGUCUUCUGGGUCCAACAACAACUCCAAAUCAGCUCACACAGCAUGAUGCUGCCACUGCCAUGCCUGGCAGCAGGUCCAGACAGAACUGAAAGGUUUCAAACCCUCCUUGGUUCUGUCUGGGCCUCCCGACCCACUUCCUUCAUGUGGUUCUGGACCGCUCCGGAGGAGAACCAUCUGAGGCACUUUAGUUCUCCUGGAAACAUUUUUGACAUCUGAUUAGAUUGUUUCUUCCUUUGAUCAUAAAUAAAUCUGAAGAAGCUGG